AUAUGUAAAGUAAUUGCACUUAUUUAAAACCAUGAAAAAAUAUAUUAUUCCAAAAAAUUGCAUAAGUGAAAAAUUGUUGAGCAGGCAGGAGACAGACUUAUCAAGGGGAAGUUGCCCCCAUACCUAAAGAGGUUAUAACAUAUGGCUACAGUCCCUGCUAGACGGGACUUUUCUGAGAAACGAGAUUCUGGUAGCACUGGUUUAAAUGGGAAGAUUCCUAGAAAAAAGAGCCCCGCUGGAAGCGAAGUCCCGCCUAGCUACGGAAGCAAUGUUACGGCUACGCGGGAAUUUUUCAAACCUCACCGAAAAUGUCUCGGGUCGUGGGUAGAGACAACCAAUCAGACGAAAGUUCUGCUUCUAAGGGAUCACGUGAUUCCCAAUUUGAGCGAUAGUCGAUUACUGUUUGGCGUUCAAAUCUUUGUACAGUAGACGUUCGUUUUUACGAACCUCUUUUUUACGAACACUCUCGAUUUGACGAACUAGCGAAUGGUCCCGAAUACACUCCCAUAGAUGUAAUGUAAUUUUGCGCUCUUAUUUACGAACUACAAAUCAGGAAAAUCUCUUUUUUGCGAACUCAGUUUUCAUACUUCUGCGUGUUUCAUUGGAACGAAGUGUGAAGGUCAAAUAAAAUCUCCAACUAUUUUGAGGCAGCAAGUGCGAAACAUUCGAAGAAGUACAGUAAGGAAGGAGGGGCGGAGACGAUUUUUAGAGCUAUGUCGCAAAUGAAGAAACGAAUUUGUUUAGCGGUUGAAAUAAAGAAGAAGAUUUUAAAAGCAGUUGACGAAAAAAUAUUAAGCAAGACACAAAUUGCUCAGAAAUAUGGAAUUCCUAAAAAUAGUUUAUCGACGAUUAGGACAAAUUUAUGGUGUUGUUUGUUGUGGGAGGCUCUCAGAAGAGCAUCGGCCUGAUGUUGUUGGGUGGGGGUGAGACCAUUCGUGUUAAAGGGGUUUGGGUUGCUUCUAAAAGAGAGUUGUUGCUUUUUGUAAUGUCAUAAUCAUUUGAUCUGGACAACUCAAUCAGUGAAGUCUCGUUAGUCGAGAGGGAGAUUGGGCCAGUUUUUGUUAAGUAAGAUUCUUAGAGCUAUGUCGCAAAUGAAGAAACGAAUUUGUUUAGCGGUUGAAAUAAAGAAGAUUUUAAAAGAAGUUAACGAAAAAAUAUUAAGCAAGACACAAAUUGCUUAGAAAUAUGGAAUUCCUAAAAAUAGUUUAUCGACGAUUCUAAAGGCAAGAGAGAAGAUCUUUGGAGCUAAAAACGGAAACGAUGAAUGUGGACCCUCCUCUCGAAAAUAUUUUCGAGAAUCAAAACACCCAAAUUUGGAAAGGGCUUUGCUUGUUUGGUUUCGAAAGAUGAGAAGCUUAAACAUUCCAAUUGAUGGAAAUGUACUUAAAGAACAAGCACACUUUUUUGCUUCCAAAUUAAACAUCAAAGAUUUUAAAGCAUCGGAUGGUUGGAUACAGAAAUUUAAAUUUCGGAAUGGUUUGAGUUUCCGGAAAGUGUGUGGUGAAAGUGCAGCAGUAGACACGUCAUCAGCAAAUGAAUGGAAAGAAGAAAAGUUGAAAUUGCUUCUUUCUGAAUACGCUGCAGAUGACGUUUUUAAUGCGGACGAAACGGCUUUGUUUUUUAAGAUUUUGCCAAAAAGAACAUUAGCUUACAAAGGAUAUAAAUGUGUUGGAGAUAAUAAAGCUAAAGAGAGACUUACAGUUUUGAUUGCAGCCAACAUGACUGGGUCACAAAAAUUGCCUCUACUCUUUAUGGGAAAAUAUCUGAAACCAAGGUGUUUCAAAAAUGUUCAGAAGAUUCCUGCUGCAUAUUAUGCUAAUAAUAAGGCCUGGAUGACUGGCAACAUCUACGAAAAAUGGUUGAGAGAUUUAGAUAACCGUUUUUCAGCACAGAAGCGCAAAGUUCUCCUAAUCGUGAACAAUUCUACUGCACACAUGGAAGUCACUGGGCUUCAGGCAAUCCGUGUGGAAUAUCUCCCACCAAAUGCAACUGCAGUUUUACAGCCAAUAGAUCAGGGGAUAAUCAAUAGUUUCAAGCGAAAAUAUAAGACAGUGCUCUUGCAAAGAGUAAUCCUUGGCUUGGAAAGGGAACAACCUUAUCAGAUUGAUAUUCUUGGUGCAAUGCAUUUAUCAAUCAGUGCAUGGAAUGAUGUUUUAGAUGAAACAAUUUCUAAAGCCUUUCGACAUACAGGUUUUAAAGAAACAGACGUAACUGAAGAAAUCCAUGACAAUAGAUCUCACGACGAAGAUGAGGUUCUCACGAAUGAACUUCGCCGUAGAAAUCCACAGUUGCCAGAACUUUCAUUCGAGGAUUUUUUAAAUGUGGAUUCUAAUGUCAUCUGCACGGAGGAAAUAUCGGAUCACGAUAUUAUUAGCAGCAUAAUCAACGAGAAUGAGAGACUUUCAGAUCCAGAAGAAGAAGAAGAAAAUGAAGUAACACCAAGACCGACUUUAAAACAAGCUGCUGAAUACUUGUCAGAACUUAGACGAUUUUUUGAGGCCAGUGAUAAUUAUGAAAUGCUAACAAAUAUAGAGAAGAUGGAGUCUUGCAUUGUACAAUCUGUUGUUUUAAAACAGACAAAGAUAAGUGAUUAUUCUGUUGCUCAAUUACUUAAUAAAGGUACGUUUUACAAAUAUUUUAUAUUUCUUGUUUGUUUAAUAGAAUGGAUAUCAUUUAUUAAGUAGUAACACUAUUAAAAAUAAUUCCUAAUACAUAAAUAAAAGCAUGGAAUAAUAUCACUAACCUGUCUCGAAAACAUUAAAAUGUGAAAUAGUAACAAUUUCCAAUGCCUUUCUAAAUUACGAACUCUCGAUUUAACGAACUGUUUUCGUAGUCCCUACGAGUUCGUAAAAACGAGCGUCUACUGUAGUAAGUGAGAAUGGUAACCUAGCUACGCGUGUUUCCUGGAAUUGUGCGGGUUCUGAGAAUUGUCCCUUUCGACGUU